AUGUGGGUUUGGGGACUGUCUUUUGUGACCAGUGUGCUCAUGUACGCAUUCGGUCGUAUCGGACCAUCGGGUGACGGUACGUGUUGGGUCGAGCGUCAAAAAGAUCCCAUUCGUCUACUCUUUUUCGUUCCACUCUUGAUCUACUUUUCAUUGUCGAUCGGGUCGCUCAUCACAGCUGCCAUCUACUCGGGUGCCACCAGCACUCUGUCUCUGCAGGAUCGUCGUGGCAUGUUACUACGUAUGUGCAGCUACACACUCGUUUUCAUUCUCUGUUGGAUCGGGCCACUCGCCCAUCGUAUCGCGCAAUGGUCCGGCGAGCAGGACAACCAAAACAGCCCCAACGCCUUUAUGUACUGGGACGCCAUCUCUGUGUCGAUCCAGGGUUUCAUGAAUGCAAUGGUUUGGCUCACCAAUCCAUCGUUCUUUAAGGGUUUCACCGCCAACAUUCGUCGUUACCUUCCAUGCAAGGGUUUGAGAAACGAAGAAAACAUCCCUCUUCUUCGUUCACUCGGUGAUGACUCUCAAGAUCCAACUCAAUUGGCUGUUUCACUUCGUAACUAUGUUGAAGAAAACAAACAUAUUGAAAGUUUUAGUAAAUUGGGAGAGAUUCCAAAAGAAGAGAAAUUGUAUACUGAAAAGGAUUUAUUCAAAGAUGAAUUGAAUCUUCAAAUAUCAACCAUUAAACGUCACCAAGUUAAAGAUUAUGAUCCUAAAAUUUAUAGUGCAAUUAGAUAUCUUUCAGGUAUUACUCCUGAUGAUUAUUUGAAAUCAUUUGAUGCAACAACCUUUUUCGAUACAUUAUCAAAUCAAAAAUUCUCUGAAGGUAAAAGUGGUAGUUUUAUGUGUUUUACACCAGACAAUAGAUAUUUGAUUAAAACAAUUACUCAACAAGAAUCAUUAUUAUUAAGAAAGAAAAUGUCAAAGUUUUAUCAAUACUUUUCUGAAAAUAGAAAUUCAUUUUUACUUAGAUUCUAUGGAUCUUAUAAAGUUACAAUGCCAAAUGAUCAUACGGUCUAUCUUGCCAUCAUGUCCAAUGUAUUUAGUAGUUCAAAGCAAAAGAUUAGACGACGUUAUGAUCUCAAGGGUUCAAACAUCAACCGUGGUGGUCGUCCAGACUAUGAUCCAAAUACUUUGGGUUUAGAUUUGGACUUUAUCAACACCGAACUAUAUCUUCGUGUACCAAACCAAUUAAAAAAUACUUUCUUGGAGCAAUUGGGUAGAGAUAGUUCAUUUUUAAAAUCAUUAAAUAUUAUGGAUUACAGUUUAUUGAUUGGUAUAGUACCCAAUCCAAACCCACCAGGUAAUCAAUCAAUUGGACUUGAUGAUUUAUCAGGUUCUACGUCAACGACCGACACUACCAUCAACACCACCUCACUUACAACAACAACAACAACAACUAUAAUAGAAUCUGAUUUUACAAAAGGAUUUAUAUCAAGCGACGGAAACUUUAUCUAUUAUAUUGGUAUCAUAGAUAUUCUUCAACUUUAUGACUUUUCCAAAAAGAUGGAAAGAUUUGUAAAGGUCUAUGUCGUUCAUAAAGACAAGAGUGGUAUUUCAGCUGUACCUCCCGAUUUCUAUGUGGAAAGAUUUAUGAAAAGAAUGUAUCAAAUCAUUUCUCCUUCCCAAGAUGUUUAG